AUGCGUCCCCAAGAGGACCACGAAGGACUCCAAGUCGUCCCCGACGACGGUCUGCAAACUCCUGACCCGGAAGAAUCUCCCGUCGCCAACGAUCUCAAGUUCCAACCCUAUUCUGCGGGAUCCGCCUAUGGCGGUCCCUUGAACGUCCGCGAUCCUGGUUUCGAGGUUAAGCCAGGUCCUGAAUCGCCGCCUCCGGCUUUCCAUCUUAUCAAUGAAUAUAAAACCGGCCGAAAUAAUACGUUGCCGAUCGAAGAUGCCCCUCCGCCACAAAGCGUCAAAGAUAAACGAGUGUGUGGCUUGAGAAAACGAACUUUUUGGUUGUUGAUGCUACUAUUCCUUAUCGCGAUUAUUGCCCUAGCCGUCGGUCUAGGUGUAGGACUCAGCGGGUCCAAAUCAUCCACCCCCUCCAGCACCUCCAAUUCCAGCUCCUCCACAUCAGCACCUACAAUCGGCACCAGUACCUCAUCUGCCGCCCCAUCGGCCUCUUCUCCCAUCGGACAAACAUGCGUCAACGGUACCGGCCCCGGAAACUAUCUCGGCCUCUGUUCCUUCUCCUGUAACUUUGGCUAUUGUCCCUCCCCCUGCACCUGUCUUCAAUUUUCCGCAACCGCGGUCCCCGCACCCCCUAUCUCAAAUACCCCGGGAUUUCCUCUGCCAGGGCUAAAUGUAGAUUAUACGGGUUUGUGCAGUUUUACGUGUAAUCAUGGGUAUUGUCCCGAAGGGGCUUGCACCACGGAUUCUUCGGCUGCAGGAGGGAACUCUACUGCUUCGACACCCAGCUCGGUCUCUUCUUCGAGGUCAUCGGUGACGUCGAGUGCGGCACCGUUGACGCUGACGGCGCCGACGAGUACGGUGGUUGUUACAUUGCAGGGUUCGCAGACGAGUACGGUGGUCGUGGCGCCGACGAUGACGGGAUAG